UUGACUUUGUUAAGCUAAAGACUUGAGCUUUUCUGAGUUGAGAAUUUAGAGAAUGGCGAAGAGAGGAGGGAGCUCAAAGUUGAAGGUGGCGAUUAUUCAUCCCGAUCUGGGUAUAGGCGGAGCAGAGAGACUGAUUGUGGAUGCGGCUGUUGAGCUGGCCUCGCAUGGGCAUAAAGUUCAUCUAUUUACAUCACACCAUGAUAAAAAUCGAUGCUUUGAGGAGACCAUCUCUGGUGCCUUUCCAGUUUCUGUAUAUGGUGCUUUCCUACCCCGGCAUGUUUUCUACCGUCUUCAUGCUUUGUGUGCAUAUCUGCGGUGCCUGUAUGUUGCCCUCUGCGUACUAGUCAUGUGGCCGUUGUUUGAUGUAAUACUAGUCGAUCAGGUCUCUGUUGUCAUCCCAUUGCUGAAGCUUAAGAAGUCGACAAAGGUUCUGUUUUAUUGUCAUUUUCCAGAUUUAUUGCUGGCUCAACACACAACUAUUCUGAGGAGGAUAUAUAGAAAACCAAUAGACUAUAUAGAAGAAAUGACAACAGGAAUGGCUGAUAAGAUUCUUGUUAACAGCAAAUUUACAGCAUUGACAUUUGCAAAGACAUUCAAGCAUCUCGAUGCACGACGGAUUAAGCCAGCUGUUCUUUAUCCAGCUGUCAAUGUGAAUCAAUUCGAUGAACCUAGAAAUUCUCACAAGUUAAAAUUUCUCUCUAUCAACCGUUUUGAGAGGAAAAAGAAUAUAGACUUGGCGAUUUCAGCUCUUGCCAUGCUUCGCUCCCUUGAAGGAGAUAAUCUGGCUGAAGCUUCCUUGACAAUUGCAGGUGGCUUUGACAAUCGGUUAAGAGAAAAUGUCGAGUACUUGGAGGAGCUCAGAAUUUUAGCACAAAGGGAAGGAAUUUCCAAUCGGGUUAAGUUCAUCACAUCUUGCUCAACAGCCGAAAGAAAUGCACUACUCUCCCAAUGCCUAUGUGUCAUUUACACGCCAAAGGAUGAACACUUUGGCAUCGUUCCUCUGGAGGCAAUGGCGGCCCAUAAACCAGUUAUUGCAUGCAACAGUGGGGGUCCUGUAGAGACAGUUCAGAAUGGUAUAACAGGAUUUCUUUGUGAAAGUAACCCAAUAGAGUUUUCCCUGGCUAUGGCUAAGCUCAUUCUAGACCCAGAGAUGGCUCAGAGAAUGGGUGCAGAAGCUCGGCGGCAUGUUACAGAGUCAUUCUCUACAAAAAUAUUUGGUCAGCAUUUGAAUCAGUACCUAGUUGAUUUUGCACGGGCUAAAGAAGACUGAUAGGAUAUGCCAUGAUACAGAAUGAUAACAUUGUCUUUUCUUGCUUGUUGUACACACUUACUAGUCACUGGUAUGAACCAGAUUUUAGAGCUCAUA